AUGGCGACAAUCAACUUCGACAUCAACGAUGCGCUCAAGCACUACAUGUCGGAUCCGACCACGAUCCCGACGCCAGAGGCCGACGGCGCGCUUUUCGACUGCGAAAACGACCCCGAGGCCCUCACCAACCCCGUCAUCAACCCCAUCCUCAACCCCAUUGUCGAUGCCGUCGCCGACAACCCCGACGCCAUCAUGCGCGCGUCCAACAUGGACUCGCUGCAGUUCCUUCUCAAAUACACGCAGUUCCUGCCGACGCACGCUCUCAGCAAGGUCUUCGAUCUGGUCAUGAGCGGCCUCAGCGCAGAGACCGACACCAUCCACAACGACAUCGACUCGCCCGACGAGCAGGAUGCUGUUCCCCACCAUAAGCAGCUGCUCGAGAUCUAUGGCUUCCUCCUCCAGUGGACGAUCGCCGCCGUCGAGACAAAGGCCGCCGAGAAGUCGUCUGCUGCGCCCGCGGCCAGAGGUCGUGGCAAGCCCAAGAAGGGUACCACCAGGGAUGACUCCUGGGACUCCGCGACACAGCUUCAGUCGGCGCUCGACAUCAUGUGCAAGGUGCUGAAGCUGAAGCUGUCCAAGAUCUUCCUCACGACCAGCGAGAGAGACACCUUCGUCGGCCUGCUCACCCGGCCCGUCUACAUGAUCCUCGAGAGCGAGCAGCGCACCAAGGCGACGCUCAUCAGGAUGCACUGCUUCAAGGUGCUUUGCAUGGCCGUCAAACACCACGGUCAUGGAUACGCCGCGCAGAUCAACGUGAUCCAGAACCUCACGUACUUUGAGCACCUCUCCGAGCCCAUGGCCGAGUUCAUGCACAUUCUCGCCGAGACCUACGACUACCCGCAGCUGGCCGACGAAGUCCUGCGCGAACUCAGUAACAAGGAGUUCAACUCCAAUGACACGCGCGGGCCCAAGUCGGUCUCGGCCUUUAUCGCUAAGCUAUCGGAGCUGGCUCCCAGGCUGGUAAUCAAGCAAAUGACAAUGCUGGCGAAGCAACUCGACAGCGAGUCGUAUACGCUUCGCUGCGCCCUCAUCGAAGUCUGCGGCAACAUGAUUGCCCACCUCAGCAAGCAAGAUGAGCGCAGCGAGAAUCACAAAUCGCAGCUCAAUGCCUUCUUCGACGUCCUCGAGGAGCGCUUCCUCGACAUCAACCCCUACUGCCGCUGCAGGACGCUGCAGGUCUACGCGAAGCUGUGCGACCUCGAACAAAAGUUCCCCAAACGGCGGCAGAAGGCGGCCGAGCUGGCGUGCCGCAGCCUCGAAGACAAGAGCAGCAAUGUGCGCAGGAACGCCAUCAAGCUUCUUGGCUCACUCAUCAAGACCCAUCCCUUCACCGUCAUGCACGGCGCCCAACUAUCUCGAAAGGAGUGGCAGGAUCGCCACGACAAGGUCGAGGAGGAGCUCAACGCGCUGAAGCCGCCGCCUGGGAUGCCCGGGUUCGGCGAGGACAAGGCCAACACCACCGUCGAUAACGGGCUGAUCGAUGACGCGACCCAGAUUGCCUCGCCCGAAAAGCCGAAGCCCAUGAGCGACGAGGAUAAGAUCGCCGCCAUCAAGAAGGCACAAGAAGAGGCAGCUACAAGCGAGGCCAUCGAGAAGCUCACCCUCACCCGGCGGUAUUACAACGAAGCGCUCAAAUUCAUCGACGUGCUUCACGACGCGACGGGUAUCGUGUGCCAACUGCUCGGAUCGAGGAACAAGAGCGAGGUGAUUGAGGCUAUCGACUACUUCGAGAUUGGCGACGCCUACAACAUCGAGCAGAACAAGGUCGGCAUCAGGCGCAUGCUGCGUCUCAUCUGGACCAAGGGCAAUAGCGACGAGGGCAAGGGCGUGCAGACUCACCUAAUUGAGUGCUACCGAAGGCUAUUCUUCGAGGCACCCGAUACCUUCAGCCCCAAUGAUGCCGCCAUCUAUGUUGCGCGCAACAUGAUCAGUCUCACCUUUGGCGCGACACCCGCCGAGCUGACGUCGCUCGAGCAGCUGCUCGCCACUAUGAUGAAGGCGGGGAUCAUCCCUGAGGCGGUCGUGUCGAAGUUGUGGCAGGUCUACGGGGUCCAGAGGCGCGAGAUGUCCAAGACGCAGCGACGCGGGGCCAUCAUCGUGCUGGGUAUGCUAGCGACAGCCAGCCCCGAGAUUGUGGUGGGCGAGAUUGAGACGAUGCUACGCACAGGUCUCGGGGGCCACGGCCGCAGCGAUCUCCAGCUGGCCAAGUAUACGUGCAUCGCGCUGAGGAGGAUCAACCCUCAGGGCCGGCAAGCCAAGGAGUCGACGGCCAAGUUCGCGCGCCUGCCCAACGACCAUGCCGUCUGCGUCCGCCUGGCAGCUAUCACCGAGGUGCCGUCGGACAGCAAGGAAUGGUAUGGUGUUGCCGAGCAGGCCAUCAACGCCAUUUACGCUGUCGCGAAGCACCCGGACACCCUAUGCUCAGGCAUUAUCCGCCGCAAGACUCGCCAGGUGUUUGGCAACUCGGGCUCGCGAUCAUCGUCUCGCCCGACGACGAGCGACGAGACACAAGCCAUGACGCAGGCGAUGACGCAGGCCAUCGACGUCGCGGAUCCCACGGUGACGCAGAUGCCGCAGUCGCAGGCGCAGACGCCGCCAAAGAAGCGCGACAAUGCCAUUGCGCUGUCGCAGCUGCUCUUCAUCGUUGGCCACGUAGCCAUCAAGCAGAUUGUGCACCUCGAGCUGUGCGAGCUCGACUUUAAGCGGCGGAAGCAGGAGAAGGAGAAGCAGGCCAGCCAGAAGACGGACAAGGAGAAGGAGGACGCGGACGAGUUGGACCUCAUCGGCGGCACGACCGAGGACGACUUCACCGAGGCCAUGGCGCACAUCCGGGAGCGCGAGCUGCUGUACGGGCCCAACUCGUUGCUGGCGCUGUUCGGGCCGCUCGUGUCGGAGAUUUGCGCCAACAACAACAUCUACGCGGACAAGGGCUUGCAGGCGGCGUCGACUCUGUGCCUGGCAAAGCUCAUGUGCGUGUCGUCGGAGUACUGCGAAACGAACCUGCCGCUGCUCAUCACCAUCAUGGAGCGGUCGCCCGACGCGACAGUGCGGUCCAACGCGGUGAUUGCGCUGGGCGACAUGGCGGUGUGCUUCAACCACCUGAUUGACGAGAACACGGACUUCUUGUACCGGCGACUGGCGGACGACGACGCGUCGGUCAAGCGGACGUGCCUGAUGACGCUGACGUUCCUGAUCCUGGCGGGGCAGGUCAAGGUCAAGGGGCAGCUGGGCGAGAUGGCCAAGUGCCUCGAGGACGAGGACCGGCGCAUCGCGGACCUGGCGCGCAUGUUCUUCACGGAGCUCAGCACCAAGGACAACGCCGUGUACAACCAUUUCGUGGACAUGUUCAGCCUGCUGAGCGCGGGUGGGCGGAUGGACGAGGAGAGCUUCCGGCGCAUCAUCCGGUUCCUGCUCGGGUUUGUCGAAAAGGACAAGCACGCGAAGCAGCUGGCGGAGAAGCUGGCGGCGCGGUUGGCGCGGUGCGAGACGGAGCGGCAGUGGAAUGACGUGGCGUUUGCGCUGGGGCUGCUGCCGCACAAGAACGAGGAGAUUUCCAAGACGGUGUCGGAGGGGUUCAAGGUGGUGCAGGCGGCGGCGUAG